UUGAGUCAUAAGUUAUUCGCCAUUGUCAUCCGGAUCGGUCAGUUUAGUGACACUGUAGCGCUGUGGUAGGAGGAAGCAAGUCAAUAUGAGAAAGAGCGUCCGCCACACCCCAGCCAAGAGCAACUAUGACGUGUCACUUAAAGGCCUCAGUCUGGAUGACGUCAGACCUGAAACAGCUGUCAUAUCCUCACACCAUCACUUUGAGGGCACGGCCACCACGCCAUUGGUCCCACCCAUCUACCACUCGAGCACCUACUUCGUGGAGAAACUGGAGGAUGUCCUGGCAGGCAUUGAAGAUGGUGGUUCCAUAUACUCGCGACUUUCCAACCCAACCACAGAGGCUACAGAAGCUACCAUCAACGUCAUCGAGAGAGGGGCGGGCUGCCUGACCUUCAGCAGUGGCAUGGCCGCCAUAACCUCAGUCUUCUUCGGUUUUCUCAAAGCUGGAGAUCAUGUGGUUUUCCAGAUCCCGUCCUACCCAGGCACGUCUACGGCCUUGAAACAUCUGCGUGACCACUUCCAAGUGGAGCUGACAACUGUGGGAACCCCUAGCGUGGAGAACGUGACGCCACUGCUGAAACCCAACACAAAGCUGGUGUGGAUAGAGAGCCCUUGUAAUCCAGAAAUAGUGCUGGUGGAUAUUGCUGCGCUCGCUGACCUAUGCAGGUCUCGGAACAUCCUUAUUGGAGUGGACGGGACGUUCGCAAGUCCUGUUCUACAACAUUCUAUCCAGCUAGGAGUUGACUUUGCAAUGCAUAGUAGCACAAAAUACAUGGGAGGUCAUUCGGACCUUAUCGCCGGAUGUGUGACCACAAGAACUGUUGACCAAUGGCGAGCGUUGAAACAUAUCCAGGGCACGCUGGGUAAUAUGCUGCAGACAGUUAAUAACAGCACAGCUUCCCCGCAGUCCCCUCACGAUGCAAGCCUGCUGUUGCGGGGCCUGAAGACACUGCCCAUGCGCAUGGAAAGGAUCAGCCAAAAUGCCCUGAAGGUUGCCACUUUCCUGGAGAAUCAUCCAAAGGUAACAUGCGUGUGGUUCGUCUGGCCGUGUCUUUGGGCGGUGUAGAGAGUAUCUUGGAACACCCGUACAGCAUGACCCACGGGAAGUAUCUGCUGAGUCCUGAGGAGAUCGCUGAGUCCGGGAUCACACCAGGCAUGCUUAGGAUCAGCAUCGGCCUGGAAGACUCAGGCGACCUAAUCAACGACUUUGACCAAGCUUUAGCGAAAUUGGAGCUGUGAUUGUUGGGAUUGGAGGAAAUUGGAGCUGUGAUUGUUGGGAUUGGAGGAAAUUGGAGCUGUGAUUGUUGGGAUUGGAGGAAAUUGGAG